GGGAGAGAGUUCAGUGUGUGUCUCCUGGGGAGAAGCACACAGUCAAUAUCCAGGUCUCCAGUAAACAUUUAUGAGCCUCCUCUAUAAAGCUGCUGUGCUACUGCAUGGACCCACGGAGCAAAGGCAAAAAAAAAAUCAUCUUCAAUUCCAAUUUAAUUAUCAUUAUAGUCAAGGACACACAGUAGAUCUCCACCACAAAACAGUAGCUAGUUACAUUGACAGCAGCUUGCUAGGAGUUAAAGUCUUUCUUUAGAUGCUGAAAAGAGUCAAGACAAAGUGACCAGAGAUCAACCAACUGAACAGAAAAUGACAACAGCAGCAGCUCAGGAACUUGAUGAGCUAUGCUUCCUGUCGGCGCAGUCCAUGUCCAGUCUGAGAGUAUCUGAACACUUCCAGGUGGUCAAGCUCCUGGGAGAGGGAUCCUACGGAAAGGUCAUGUUGGCCGUGCACAGAAAGAGAGGAACUCCUAUGGCUCUGAAGUUCUUCCCUCGUCAGUCUACCUCCCUCUCCUCUUUCCUGCGUGAAUACAAUCUCUCCCUUUCUUACUGCACCCAUCCUUCUCUCACUCGGGCUCUUGGCAUCUUCUUUUCCACACCGACUUACUAUGUGUUUGCCCAGCAAGCUGGACUGUACGGUGACCUCUACAGUGUAAUUGUUUCAGAGGUCGGGGUGGAUGAGGAGUGUGUCCAGAGGGUGAUGUCCCAGCUGAGUGGUGCUGUUACACACCUCCACUCCCUGGGCUUCGUCCACCGUGACAUCAAACCUGAGAAUAUCUUCCUGUGCGACAGCUCCUGUCGCUGGGUCAAACUGGGUGACUUCGGCCUCACCCGGGCCAUCGGCUCCACUGUUCGAGCUGUGUGGUACGAGUCUCCCUUCUGUACUCCUGAGGUGGAGCCAGCUAAGGAGGCUGAGAAGGAGAUGGAGAGGAGGCAGUGCAAUGGGACUGAAGAGGAGAUGGAGGACAUUUGGAUAACAGUGGAGCCCUGUAUUGACAGUUGGGCCCUUGGCGUUCUCGUCUACUGCCUACUAACUGGCUGCUUCCCCUGGGAGGAGAGCACCCAUGAUGACCGUGGCUACCGUAGAUACAAGGAGUGGUUUAACUGUGAGGCGGAAAAGGAGAAGAUCAGAGACGUCGAGUGGAGGGGUGAGGAGGACACUGACAGUAACACAAUCGUGGAGGAAAACCAAAGAGACAACCCUCCUCCUGCACAGUUUGCGGGCCUCAGCCCACUUGUGAUGACUCUUUUCAAGGAGCUGCUCCACCCCGAGCCCAAACAGCGUGGGAGCCCAGAGGAGAUCCUGAGCUACCUGGGAGGGCCGUGGCUGAUGGAGACAGAGAGAGAGGAGAAGAGGAAAGCAGAGGAGGCCGAGAAGGAGGCCAGAAAAAUAAGGGAGGGAGGAGGGGUGGAGGAAGAGCUGGUGAGGGAGGGAAGAGGGGAGAGAUAAGCUUUGUCAGGACAGGAAUGUAACAAUUCUGACAAUGAGAAAAACAUGUCUGCAAUUUAUUUUUGUGUGUAAAUAUAGAUUUUACUCCAGUGCAAAUGUAUACAGUCUAAGGUUCUGUAUUUUUCAAAAUUUUAUAAAUAUCCCUACUAAAGUUACUACUUCCAUUGUUGCAUAUAUUCCAGUGUGCAUGUGUGUAUGUGUGUCUUAAUGAGAAGAGACUAAAGAUAAUACAAGAAAUGUUUGUUAUCUGAAACCUUGAGAUGUAUUAUAAUCCCUAUAAAAUCUGUAUUGGAAUUGUUGUCUAAAUAAA